AUGGAGAACAACGUUUCAGAGCUAGUCGAGAGACUAGGGAGUGACGAGGAUGCUGUUCGCAAAAUGGCUGUAUUUAAACUCCAAAGCAGCAUUGGAGACCCAUCAUUUGCCGAUGUCUUUAUUGCUGAGGACGGAUUGACAAGGCUUCGCUAUCUCGCCCUGCACGCAACCGGAAAUACCCUGGCGUACAGUUUAGCCAGCUUUGCUAGAUUGCUAGAAGUUGAUAAGGGAUGGGAAUGCGUCGAUCAAGAGUUGGUUGAAAGGGUUGUCGAACUCAUUGUAACCCAUCCAUUAGUGAACAUCCUAAGAGGUGCAAUGUCCAUUCUCGUCUCCAUCGUCUCCCAUCCUUCCUCUGUCGGACGCCUGUCGCAAAAUGGCGUUUUUGGAUUCCGCGCGCUGAAGCCUGCAAUCGCGAUCUAUCCCCAAUUCUUGGAGAUGCUCGUAAACAGGCUUUCUUCAGCCGAUCACGCGCUCUGCGCCAAUGCCCUGCAAUUGAUUAACUCGCUUAUGCGCGAUUCCAUAACAAACGAUUCGGAGCUUGAGUGGCCAAAGUUCAUUCAAAAACUCCAGGACCUUGGGGUAAUAAAAGCAGUUUAUACCCUGAUGCAAGGCACGGCCCUGCAGGAUCAUGCGCAUCCUCUGAUUGAAUUUCAGUCUCUCACGAAAAUUCUCCUGCGCAAAUGGCGGGACAUCCCCUUGGACUUGCACAAAGCAGAGCAUAGGAGAGCUCUCAAGGGCGUCCAUCUUGCUAGUAUUCAGGACAAGGGAAGCGAAGCUGGCAGCGACGUGCGACGCUCCAGGAAACAUAGCUCGGAGAAAUGGCGGCGGCUUGGGUUCGAAUCAGAGAGCCCAGUUGUACAAUUCGAAGACAUGGGGUUUUUGGGCAUGAUGGACCUGGCUGAUUUCGUCCGUAAUCACCAGGAUGAGUUUCAGAAGAUGCUUCUUGAGCAGUCAACGAAGCCUGCUCGGCAGAGAUGUCCCAUUGCCCGCGCUUCCCUAUCGGUCACGUCAAUCUUAUACGAUCAUUUCGAGGUUGAUAAAUGCGAGACGGAAGACAGCAAAACUUACUUGAUUUUAGAGUCACGAUCGAACUUAGAUAGACUAUUCAAGCCCCUUAUACUACACUGGACCCGACUACACGUUGCAGGAUUGCAGACUUUCUUUCGGCUGUGGAAAUCCACAAGUGCGGAGCUGGAAGACUGCGACAAGAUAGUGGAACUGGUUCGUAUUCUGAUCGAGUCAGUUGUCGGAGGUUCCCCUCGAACGAAAGACGUGCAAGACGUGGAAGAAGACCUAGCAGAGUUCGAAUACAGUCGACUGCGAAACCUGCAGAUGGAGCUACUGGAACUUACUUAUGAGGAUGCCUGGAGCCAGCAUCUACGACAGGUGCGCGAAGAAUUGCAACAUGAGGCCCUCCAAUUUGUUAAGGAGCAGAGAAUCCGACGCCUGUUGCAGGGUGCUUGGUUUCCCAACGAUGCUCCAAAAACGGAUGGGAAGUUGGCAAAGCCUAAAUGGAGAUUCGCCCAACUCUCGCAUAAUCGGAGAUUCCUCCAUUUCGGCGAUUUCGAGAGUACAGGGAUUGACUGUCCGGAGCUAGAUGUGCUUCCCGGAAAAAUCGAUUUAUCUAUUGUCUCGUCCGUGGUCUCGAAUGUAUCAGCAUCGCCCGACAGCUCAUCUUCUGCAACAGUCAAAAGCGCGCCUCAUCAACGCGUUUCGUCCACAAAGAUCACCAUUCAUGGUUGCGCUCCCUCCGCCGGGGCUCUGAAUGAUACCCAAAAAGGCAAUGGCCAUUCUCGCUCCGCUAGUAGAGCUACUCAGAAGGAGGCUGUACUCUUGACCCUCCGCCCCGAAUCCACUAGUGUCGCGUCUGAAUGGCUUGACGGCUUGCUCAUGCUUCUGAAUCAGCAGCCAAUCACGGCUGAGACGAGCAAGCUAAUAAAACUCAUUAGCAACUAUGGACUCAAAAUCCGAUUGUUGAAUGUCCGAUUUGACGACGCAGUCUUCGCAGGCGAGGCUCCAGCCGUUCCCUCACGGGAGGGGCUUACUGAUGAUUAUUAUUAUGAUAUUUUUGGUGGUGCAUAA